AUGGAGAAACUCAAGGAAGCAGAAACAGUAGCGGCGCAACGCUUGCGCAAAACAUUCAAAUACCCCUCCGAAUCCGACGACGAGGACACCGUAGAAGCGGGUAUGGAUGAACAAGAUCGCGCAGCCCUCCUCCAAACCCUCAGCACACACGAUACAUCCACAACGCAUACGUACACGCUCUUUCUCCUCGCGCUGCCCUUACUCCCCACACUACUCUACAUCCCACACCUAUUCACCCUCUCGACACUGCCAACAAGCCUAAUCGCCAUCGCGAGUCUACUAGCCACAGCGUAUACCUUAUACUUCCUACCGUUACCACCUACGCAAAUGGAGCUCAUAGACGGCGUGGAUGUCACACCCUCAACCCUCCAAAAACCGUUGAAGGGAAAAGGACAGGGCAGGAAACCUGUUGGUGGAUACGGGAUUUACAACAAAACCCCAUCUUGGGAACAACCGACUGAGAAGAGUGUGAGACGACCUGUGCCGUAUCUUUCAAAAGAGAUGGCAGACAAGAUAGGCGAUUAUAUUGUGCCUAUUAACAGAGCCGUGUGUGGACUCUUGGCACUGUACGAGGUGUGGUUGGCGAGGGAUUGGAGUGAAGGGUUUAUGGUAGGAGGUGGGUUCUUGCCCGGUGUUAUUUGUCUGGUUAUUCUAUGGGCGAGGACAGAGUUGAGGAUUAUUGACAUGGAUGUGUUAGAGAAGAUGAAUACGGGUGCUGCACAGGGGAAAGUGAAAUGA